AUGACAAACGAAGACACUCUUGAAGAUAUGGAAAGACAAUUUUUGGAGGCGGCGCGGAAAGAAGGCGGAAUGGAAACCAUUCAACAAUCGGAAAAUGAUCCGCAAAAUGGAGGAGGAGAAGAUGAUAGAAAGAAGAGAAAGAGAAGUAGAAGUCGAGAUCGCGAUAGAAAAAGAUCCAGAUCGUGAGUUUUUUCCUGAAACAAAUUGUGAUUUUUUACCUCGAUAAAAAUACGUUUCAACAAUGUUUUUCUUGUUUGUUUUUUUGAUGGCUAUUAUUGUUUGGACAAUGGAAUUGUUUAAAUGAAAAAGUAUCACAGUAAGAAACUUUUUGAAUGGAAAUCUAAAAUAUGAAAAAAGCUCUAAAAUCGACAAAAUAAUAAAAAAAAAUAACCGUAAGAUGCUAACGACCCAUUUUCCUGAGAAAAACCACUCCAAAAAAUUUUUAUAUCCAAAUUUCUUGUAGACCACGCGGAGAUCGUCGCGACCGUUCGCCACGCCGCCGCGAUCGUUCACCACGUGAUUCCCGCCGCGAUGCACCUCGCCGUGACGAAAAACCACGCGAACCCAAGAAAUAUCGCUUCUGGGAUGUUCCACCAAAUGGUUUCGAACACGUCACUCCAAUGGAAUACAAAACAUUGCAAGCACAAGGACAAGUGCCAAAAGGAACACCACAAGCUGCGUUGCCAGCAAUCGGACCAUCUGUAACAUGUCAAUCUAGAAGACUUUAUGUCGGAAAUAUUCCAUUUGGUUGUAAUGACGAGGCAAUGUUGGAUUUUUUCAAUCAACAAAUGCAUUUAUGUGGUUUGGCACAGGCGCCAGGAAAUCCGAUUCUUUUGUGUCAAAUUAAUUUGGACAAGAAUUUUGCGUUCAUCGAAUUUCGAUCGAUCGAUGAAACCACGGCUGGAAUGGCAUUUGAUGGUAUCAAUUUCAUGGGACAACAAUUGAAAGUUCGAAGACCGAGAGAUUAUCAACCAAGUCAGGCACAAUUUGAUAUGACUGCCAGAAUGCCUGUCUCAUCGAUUGUUGUUGAUUCACCCAAUAAGAUUUUCAUUGGAGGAUUGCCAAAUUAUUUGACAGAAGAACAGGUUGGUUGGGGUUUUGGGGAGCAAGAGGAUAGGAGGCUUGGGAUAUGUGAGGGGAAUGUUUGAAGAUAGAGCAACAUUUUACCUUGCAAAGGAUACAGUUAGAGUUUGUGGCACAAGCAUUAAAUUUUAAAAAGUAGAUUUUUUGCCUCUAGAAAUUCCAAAUGAAAAAUUUUUAAAUUCGCAUUUUUGGCGCUAAGACACACCUCGGCCAAGCCGUGGCUGGCUAGAGUACAGUGUUUGGAAAAAAUCUGAAUUUCAGUUUCUAGAGAUCAAAAAUUGAACAAUCAGAGUUUUUAGAGGACAAAAACUGAAAAUGCACAAUUUUUGUACUGUAAAAAGUUAGCGUACAAUUUUUUAUUUUGGAAACCACGAUUUUGGCCGAGGCGUGCGCUAAGAUUAUAAUUUUGGGCAUAAUUUUUGAAUUCAAUUUAUUCAAAGUUUUUAGCCAAAUCACACGUGGAAAAGAAAUUAUUAAAAAUGAAAAUUUUAAGUUCUCAGGGCCCCAAGUUAUAUAUUUUUGUCGCAAAUUUUUCUCUGUCCCCAACUGAAAAACAAACGUGUUGUUUUGCAGCAACACGUCGUGAUUGUUCUCAACAAUACUUGCUCUGUUGUCUCCCCAAUCAAAUUAUUAUUAUUCAAAUCGAUUUUCUCUCGGGAAUUUGUGUUCCAGAAAAGUUUCCAGACAAUUUCCAGACAUUUCAGACUGUUUUAGGUGCAUUUUUAGGUCAUUUUCAGAUAUUUGAUUUUUCAGCCCACGCCGCUUCUCCCCCCAAAUUCCUAAACCCUUUUUUUCAGGUCAAAGAAUUGUUGUGCUCAUUUGGACCACUCAAAGCAUUCUCGCUGAAUGUUGAUUCGAAUGGACAAAGUAAGGGAUAUGCAUUUGCUGAAUAUUUGGAUCCAUUGUUGACUGAUCAGGUUAGAAUUUGGGGAAUUUUUUAAAGAAAACUGCAUUUUAAGGGUGGUUUGAUAAUUUUCACCUGAAAAUUUUUGAAAAAAUUCAAUGUUUCAAAAAAAAUCUUUUAUAAAUAUUUGGGUAAAAAUAUUGAUUACCAUUUUUUGAAACCUUCUUAUUAAACGAAAAAGUCCAUAAAAAUACGAAAUUUCAUUUUCAAACCUUUAUCAGAAACAGGCCUGUGCCGGAAAUUUUCCGAAUUUUCCGAAUUUCCGGAUUUUCCGGUUUUUUUACGGAAAAAUCAAUUUUCCGAUUUUCCGGAAAAUGUGCUCGGAAAAUCCGGAAAAUGAUCUUUAGUAGUAAUACUUAAAAUUUUGCCUAAAUUUUGGGAAAUUUUCUCAGUUUAUGAUAGAAAAAAUGAAAUUUUUUGGAAUUUUUUUUUCAAUUUUUCAAAUUUUACGAUUUUUUGAACGUAAAACGUCUCAAAUAGUUACUAAAUUACCUGUGAAUAGAAGAAAUGUAGAUAAAAUUACGUUUUUUUGCCAACUUGCGGCUGAAAAUCGAAAUUUCUGACUUUGAAAAAUUUUCCGAAUUUUCCGGAUUUUCCGGUUCAAAAAAUCCGGAAAUUUUCCGACUUUCCGUUUUCCGGGUUUCGAUUUUCCGGCACAGGCCUGAUCAGAAACAUAACGAAAAAUUCACCAUCAAAAAAAUUACUGUUUCAAAAAUCCCGUAUCAAAAAUUAAGAAAAAAUCGUGUUAAUCUAGCGUUCACUUCUUCAGUGACAAUUUUGGAAAAUUAGUCUUUAUUUUUCGAAAUUCAUCUCCUCCUAUCGGAAAAAUCCACUGUUUCAGAAAUUGUGUUUUUAAAGAAUCUUCGAAUAAGUUCUGAUUCAUUGUUAAGGGAUAUUCACCAAAUUCUAGCUGGGAGCAAGUUUUUAUUAUAAAAUGUUUGUUUCAAAAAAUCACUGUUUCAAAAUGUUUGUAGAUUCAUAGGUGAUCCAAAAUAUUGCCUUUUCAAGUUCUCACUUUUCAAAUCCCCAUGUACUGUUUUGAUUCUGUAUUUUUCUUUUAAAAUUCCGAAAAUGUAUUGUUUUUGGCGAUGUUUGGAUGAUACUCAGAUUAUCGAAUAAUUCUUUAACAAGAAACAAUUUUUGCCCUGAAAAUUCUCAAUUUAAUUUUCAGGCAAUUGCUGGUUUAAAUGGAAUGCAACUUGGCGACAAACAAUUAGUUGUUCAAUUAGCCUGCGCAAAUCAAACUCGACACACAACACAUUUGCCAAAUUCGGCAACCGCAAUUGCUGGAAUCGAUUUAUCGCAAGGAGCCGGAAAACCGACAGAAAUUUUGUGCUUAAUGAAUAUGGUUGUUGAAGAGGAAUUGAAGAAUGAUGAUGAAUAUGAAGGUAGGGUUUUGAGGAGUUUUUGGUCGGAAUUUUAAAGAAAAGUUCUCAAAAAUAGAUUUUUUCCUGGGCUAUUUUGAAAGAUAUUUAUUCACGAAAUGAAAUGAAAACAUACUGUUUCAAAUGGUUAUUGUAAAAAUAACCAUUUUUCAAACUUAAUUUAAAUAUCACAAAAAAUUUCCCAAAUUAAAUUAAUUUUUUUGCAGACAUCCUGGAAGAUAUUCGCGAAGAAUGUUCAAAAUACGGAAUAGUUCGAUCCGUCGAAAUUCCACGUCCCUACGAAGGAUAUCAAGUGGCUGGAGUCGGAAAAGUUUUCGUCGAAUUCGCGUCGACUUCGGAUUGUCAAAAAGCGCAAGCUGCGUUGACCGGAAGGAAAUUCGCCGCAAGAACUGUGGUCACUUCCUAUUAUGACGUCGAAAAAUAUCAUAAUCGACAGUUUUAA